UGAAUUCCACACUCCCUUUAGAAUGACAAUAUUACUCUAAGAGACCUUCAGAAGAACCUCCUCGUCACAAACCAGGAAGCCAGAGAGUAUGGGACGAUCCCCCUGCUGCGAUAAGGUUGGCUUGAAGAAGGGGCCAUGGACGUCAGAGGAAGACCAGAAGCUGCUUGCUUACAUUGAGAAGCACGGCCAUGGAAGCUGGAGGGCAUUGCCUAACAAAGCUGGCCUACAAAGAUGUGGAAAGAGUUGCAGGUUGAGGUGGACAAAUUACCUCAGGCCAGAUAUCAAGAGGGGGAAGUUUAGCAUGCAGGAGGAACAGUCUAUCAUCCAGCUCCAUGCCCUCCUUGGCAACAGGUGGUCUGCAAUUGCAACACAUCUCCCUAAGAGAACUGAUAACGAGAUCAAGAAUUACUGGAACACGCACUUAAAGAAGAGGCUAGCAAAGAUGGGGAUCGACCCAAUAACGCACAAGCCAAAGAGUGACAAUCUUUCCUCGGCCGAUGGUCAUUCAAAGUGUUCAGCUAAUCUCAACCACAUGGCACAGUGGGAGAGUGCCCGCCUUGAGGCUGAGGCUCGCCUUGUGCGUGAGUCCAAGCUCCGUAGUACUACUAUUCCCUCUAACACCGCCAGCACCUUCACCCCGAAGAAUCAGCCUCAACUACCUCCUUCUGUCCCCAUGACACCAGCAGCUUCUCCCUGUCUUGACGUGCUGAGCGCUUUGCAGGGUGUCUGGGCCAAACCUGCAGCCAUUAAUGGCCAAGGAAGAGGAUACACCAUAGACCUCGAGUCGCCGACCUCCACCCUAAGCUUCUCAGACAACAAUAUGAUGGCACCAACAAUCUCAAACUUCUCAAUGGACACAGCAGCACCGUUUGUAAGCACAGAAGCAUCUUCAUGGCUUAGUGAAUCCUCUGGCGGAGACUUUGCCGCUGGCUUUACAGGAAUGCUGUCGGAUGAAGCUAAUGAGCAGAACUCUGCAGACAGAUGUGACGACUCAGACAAUGCUGAAUGUGGGAGCUGCGUGGAUGUGGAGGAAAGCGAGGGUGAAGAGGAUGAGAAUAAGAACUACUGGAGCAGCAUAUUAAACUUGGUUAACUCAUCUUCUCCUCCAAAUUCACCUCCACCUGUGUUCUAGUACUCUGAAGUGUAGCAUCUAUAGUUCUCAGUUGUGAUGGCCAGUUUUACGCUCCUCCUGAAAAGAAGCUCUAAGAGUCAAAUUGGACAAAUGUUAUCCUCCCUUCUUACUAUGUAAAUUUAGGAGCAGUACAGAGUGAAAAGGAAUACUCAGAGAGGGCAGAGAAUAAGAGAAAAGAGGGAAAACAAAAUUAAAUGUCUAAGUAAUGAUGUGUUUGUGUGUAGAAUCAUACAUAUAUGUUGUCAUUGGUAACUGUGGUAAUAAUAAUGGUGGUAUUAUUAUUGC